AUGCCACCCACAGAAUCCGACAUCCUCACAAGCUACCUCCUCCAACCAGCCCCCCUCCCCUCCAUCCUCACCUUCAACCAGUUCGUCCUCCUCUUCCCCCGCCAGCUCCAACACGCGCCGCAGCUGAGGUCCCUCUAUCGCGACCUGCAAGCGCAGAGGAACUCGGUGAUCGACGCCGUCUCCGCCAACAUCGAGGACGAAGUGAAGCGCGGGGCCAUCAUGAGAAAGGAGGUCUUGCGGCUGAAGAGAGAGGCGGAGAGGGAGGAUCUAGAUGGAGAAGUCGAGAUGGAGAGAGCUUUGUUUGGCCACGAUUCCGGUCUGAAGAGCGCCACGCAUAGCAUCCAUUCCGUCAUCCCCGAGCUCGAGGGUGCGGUUGGGGCCCUCGAAGCGGAGAUCAAGAGGCUCGAGGAUGAAGAAGCAGCACUCCAAGAAUCCAUUCAGCAGACAAUAGGCGGAUUGAGCGACCUCCGCUACGGCAAACUGGCCAACGGCAAGCUCCGGGACGAGAUUGUCGACGGCUUGAAAACACUCCAAGACGCAUGCGAGAGCAAAUCAUGA